UCCCCGUGAUGUCACGGCGGCUGCUAGUUGCCGGUUCCCACUCUGAGCCGGGAUUCAGUUGGGCACUGAGGAGGCAGCGGCGCGGCGGACAGAUGUCUGCCUAAAAGCCUAGAAAGAAGCUUGCAACCCUAACGCCACAGUGGGAAGCCCACCCCAACAAGCUCUUGGGCCCACAAAUCAUGUUUAAGUGUGAAUCCAGACAAAAAGCCGGCAACGAUUUCUUUAUCAAAUCUAUCGGAGACGGAGCUCAGGAGAAGAGAAGAACCACAUUUUUCAGAGUGGGCAUCACCUUGGGAAUUUUAUCCGCCCAUUUCGGGGGUGCGAGGAUUCUCGACCAGAAGCCUCAGACAGUGGACAUGGGGAAAGAUUAUUACAAGAUUCUGGGUAUCCCUAAUGGGGCCAACGAGGACGAGAUCAAGAAGGCCUAUCGGAAAAUGGCGCUGAAAUAUCACCCUGACAAGAACAAGGACGCCAACGCCGAGGACAAGUUCAAGGAGAUCGCGGAGGCCUACGACGUCCUCAGCGACCCCAAGAAGAGGGGGGUGUAUGACCAGUACGGGGAGGAAGGUCUAAAAACUGGAGGCGGCUCAUCCGGUAACACGGGCAGCUCCUUCCAUUACACCUUCCACGGCGACCCCCACGCCACCUUCGCCUCUUUCUUCGGGGGCUCAAACCCCUUCGACAUCUUCUUCGGCUCAAACCGCAACCGCAUGGCCAACGGCUUCGACCACGAAGACAUGGACAUCGACGACGACAACGACGACCCGUUCGGCAACUUCGGCCACUUCGGCGUGAACGGCUUCCACCGGCGGCACCAGGACCAGAUACACACCCGCCGGAAAGUGCAGGACCCGCCCGUGAUCCACGAGCUGAAGGUGUCCCUGGAGGAGAUUUAUCACGGCUGUACAAAGCGGAUGAAGAUCACGCGGCGGCGGCUGAACCCGGACGGCCGCACCGUGAGGUCGGAGGACAAGAUUCUGAACGUGGUCAUCAAGAAAGGGUGGAAAGAGGGCACUAAGAUCACCUUCCCGAAAGAGGGCGACGCCACGUCCGAAAACAUCCCCGCAGACAUCGUGUUCCUACUGAAGGACAAAGCUCACGCGCAUUUCAAGAGAGACGGGUCGAACAUUGUGUACACCGCCAAAAUCACGCUGAAAGAG